UGGACGCUGACGGCGGUGGGCGGGCGAAGCUAAGAAAAUUAUAAGGUCAUUUGAAUUACGCUUGCUAGCGAGCUUAUCGGCUACAAUGAACCAAGAAAUGAUAUUUAUGGUUGUGACAAUGAACGGAUGAUGAUCGUGGGGUCAAAGUCGACACGCGCACUCAAGCGGAUUUGACUCCCAGAGCGACCCGAGCAGCAGCUCAUUGUGGCAUUACCAACAGAGGAGGGGAUCCCGGUGCGUGUGUCUGUCUCUGCGUGCGUUUCUGUGAGCCUCUGUCAAGCCAGGCGAGCGGCGGUGAGGAGCGGAGAGGACGACCAGGAUAGCCUGUAAGCCGAUCAAAGCGGAAUCGCACACAGCGAGUUUCACGUCUGGGAUUUCUGCGCACCUACAUGCUGUGACGGUGUGAACGAGGAUGAUGCGUCUAGCGUGUUGCACGGCCCUGCUGUUCGUGUUGAGGCUGCUGGUGGGUUUGCCGUGGUACCAGGUUCUCCCGGCCAUCCUGAUCUUCUACCUUGGGAGUGGAGGAUGGACGUUCCUGCAGAUUUUCGCCAAAACAGUUGGCAGAGACUUACAUGCGGCAGGUGUGCUAUUGCGGGUGAAGAUGAAUGUCAGACGCCACCUGAAAGAGAAGAACACCAUUCCCAAGAUCUUUGCUGAGACAGUGCGCCGCUACGGGGACAAGACAGCGCUCAUCUUUGAGGGGACCGGGGAGAGGUGGACCUUCCGACAGUUGGAUGAGUACUCCAACAGAGUGGCCAACCUGCUGCUGGAGCGGGGCUUCAGGGAGGGUGACGUGGUGGCCCUCUUCAUGGAGAACAGGUCCCAGUAUGUUGGCCUCUGGCUGGGCAUGGCCAAGAUCGGAGUGGAGGCCGCUCUAAUCAACUUCAAUCUGAGACUAGAGGCCUUGGUCCACUGUGUCACCAUCUCCAAUGCCAAAGCUGUGGUGUUUGGCUCGGAGCUGACUGACGCGGUGUCUGAGGUCCACAGUUCAAUGGGGAAGGCAGUGCAGAUGUUUUGCUCCGGAGACUGGGACCCCAAACGUGUCCCGCAGGGAACCGAGUGCCUAGAGCCCCUGCUGGAGGGCGCCCCGUCUUACCUGCCAAGCCGGCCGCAACGCUGCUUCACAGAUCGCCUGUUCUACAUCUACACAUCAGGAACCACUGGGAUGCCUAAAGCUGCGAUUGUUGUGCACAGCAGGUACUACCGCAUGGCAGCUUUGGUAUAUUAUGGUUUUAGGAUGACACCAGAUGAUACUUUGUAUGAUUGCCUUCCUCUCUACCACUCUGCAGGUAACAUUGUGGGAGUGGGCCAGUGUAUAAUACAUGGCAUGACUGUAGUCAUCAGAAAGAAGUUUUCUGCCUCGCGUUUCUGGGACGACUGUGCCAAAUACAACUGCACAAUUGUGCAGUACAUCGGUGAGAUCUGCAGAUACCUGCUGAACCAGCCAAUUCGGGACACGGAGAAACAACAUCGGGUGCGCAUGGCAUUGGGGAACGGCCUCCGCCAGUCCAUAUGGGAGGAGUUCAUGAAUCGCUUCAACAUCCCACAGAUCGCAGAGUUCUACGGAGCCACAGAGUGCAACUGCAGCCUCGGCAACUUCGAUAACAAGGUCGGAGCGUGUGGCUUCAACAGUCAGAUUCUACCGUUCAUCUACCCCAUCAGACUAGUGAGGGUUGAUGAGGAGACCAUGGAGCUCAUUAGGGGACCUGAUGGCGUCUGUAUUCCCUGUAAACCUGGUGAACCUGGGCAGCUAGUCGGCAGGAUCAUUCAGAACGAUCCUCUCCGGAGGUUUGAUGGCUACGUCAACCAAUCAGCAACGAGCAAGAAGAUUGCUCAUAAUGUAUUCAAGAAGGGAGACAGUGCCUAUCUCUCUGGUGAUGUGUUGAUCAUGGAUGAGUGCGGCCACAUGUACUUCAAGGACCGCACGGGAGACACUUUCCGCUGGAAAGGAGAGAACGUCUCAACGACAGAGGUGGAGGGAACUCUCAGCAGGCUGCUAGACAUGAAGGAUGUAGUUGUCUACGGAGUUGAAGUACCAGGAGCAGAGGGAAAGGCUGGAAUGGCAGCCAUCGCUGAUCCAAGCCACUCCACUGACCUGGAGAAGUUUGUAAAGGACAUGGAGAAGGUUCUGCCUCCGUAUGCUAGACCCGUAUUUCUCCGCUUCCUUCCAGAGGUCAACAAGACAGGAACGUUUAAGUUUCAGAAGACGGAUUUGCGUCGGGACAGCUUCGACCCCACCACGGUGUCAGACAGACUGUACUUCCUGGAUUCCAGAAGAGGGUGUUAUGUGCCGCUGGACGAGGAGCUUUACCGUUCCAUACUGUCAGGGAAACACAAAUUGUGAUGAGCAGGUCGACCACUACAUCUACACAUGUACACAGACACACACACAGACAGGGAAAAAGAAGAGGACGAUAUUGUGUGACCAGGGCAGCAGCAGAAUGCAGGACCUUAUCCCCGUGUAAAAUGCAUAUAAAAUAAUAGCCAUACACACUCCGCGCACCAAUACUCAUGCCAACACACACCAUUGUAUCUCCAAAACCACUUUAAAAUCCCCCAAAAACAGAUACACAAACACAUAGCACCACUCCAUCCAUCCCCGGUAAAUGCUCUCGCUACCUCAGCACAGAGAGAGGCACAAACCUAAUACCCAGGUUUAUUCGGUAACUUGUAUUCACCCUUCACAUUCCCUGCUCAAGCAGACGUCAAAACAGCCACACCUGUCCAUUCUGGUCCAUCAAACCACAUGUGUUUGGGGGACAUAGUUGUGAGGGCUGCAGAGUUCAGGCUGCCUGGCGUCCAGAAUGCAAAAACUUGAAACUUCACAUAACCACAGACUUUAAGGAUGCCGAGGAGGAACAUGAGAGUGUGCACAACGGAGGGACCUACGCCGACCUAAACUGUCACUCGGAUCAUUGUUUCGUUGAUUGUUUCGGUAAAUUCUUGAGGCUCUACCAUCGACUUUACCUGCACAGUUAACCAGCAGCGACAAACCUGUGUGACAGCUUUCCUUUUCUCCUCUUUGGUCUCCUUGACCUCAUUUCCCACCUUGCUCUCCUGAGCUUUAGAUGAAAAUGAGGAAAGGACACCAAGGGUUUUUUUUUAAAAAGGGAACAACAGAUGGAUGCGAGUGAUCUUGGAAAGCCUUGGAUAAGUUCGGUUAGACCAGUGGUUGAAGCUGAAAGAUCUACUAAAGUGCAAUAGGGCUCCAGCGUUUGCAGUGCAAUAAUCAGCCGCACCACACGAGAGCUGAUAUAAAACAAAGCUUUGUAUUUAAAUAUGUCACACCAAAUAUAUUUAAGUUGUAGUGCUUGUUUACAUAUUUAAUGAAAUAUGGAAAUUUUUCGUAAUUUAUGUUUUUGUAAAAGCUCUUUUUGUCAUAGUGCAGGUUGUUUUUGCUUUACGUGUAUCCAAAUCUUCAGUUACUCUUGGAAAUGAAGCUGCAGUAUGCAUUUUAUAUCAGCUGCUGGAACACAACGUCAAGUGAUCCGACUGAUUCAACCCUGGGCUAAAUCCACGGGGCUAUUUCCUUAAGCAUGAGCUGACAUGCAGGAUGUUUGUGUGGCUGUGUUGUGUGGGUUUUGUCCCAAAAGGUAGACUGUCAUACGGCGUCUGUCUAUCCUUUUCAAACAUAUGAAGAGGACCUGACUGAAUAUAGAGAGGCACCAAAUCGACUUUUCAACAAUACUCUGGUGCUAAAGAGGGAUGUUCUGCCAGACUCAGUAGAGCCGAAAGAUCCAAAGAUUCAAAGGCAGGAGUGGGGACAUUGUGACGAAGGGGGUGCGUCGAAAUGCAACGGUAGAAGAAGAGCAAAUGUGCUUUGUCAUCAGUGUUUUGUCUGUCGCUUGCAGUAGCUGUCAUCAGAGGUUGUAGCAGCAUGAAUGAGCAUCAUCAAACACGCAAGCAGAGCACUGUGCCUUACUGUGAGUUCACCUCCCAGAUUCACAGGCCCUGGCCCACAUCAUAGUGUCUGUCUCAUCUGUCUGUCGUCAAGUUCCCUGUCAUAGCAGCCUUGCAAAGCUGGUGUACAUUGCUGGAUCUCCUCCUCUUAUUCUGAAAAUCAUCCUCUAAGAAUCCGUGGUAGUCCAGCAGGUGGCGCCUUUGUCCUGUAAGAGAUGGUAAGAAGUCUCCACUACCUGCUUGGAGGCUGUCAGGCACGCUUGUGGCCCCACUUUGUGGCUCGGCUCAUCUUGACUCUUUUUUUGGCUUUUGCCUUUAUAUGGCUAGGACAAUGUAAGCGUUAAAGGGGGAGAGAGAGGGGACGACAUUCAGCAAAGGGCCGCGGGGGUUGGUGUUGAACCUUCUGUACAUGGGGUGCCGCUCUACCAGAUGAGCUACCAGGCGCCCCAGGUGAAGGGACAAAUUGGCGCUGCAUGGUUUGACUUGGCACGGCAAAAAGGGGUUAUGGCAAAAGAGUAAAUGAAGCCCUUAACAUUUAUAGAUACAUAGCACAUUAAAACAGGAUCAUUGUGGAACUCAAAAUCUUAACUGUUUCUGUAUUACUCUAUGCAAAUUGGAUAAUUUGUUAUUUGUAACUGUAAAAUAAGAAACCAAAGUAUAUCAGUAUGCGACUCCUUAACUCUCAUAUUGAUGUAGUUUUUUUACACCUGCAUAUUUUAACAGCCACCCCAAGUUUUUCAGAGGCACCAUCUGUCCACCCUUAUGAAUAAUAUCUGGGGGUCUAUUCUGUGCGAGGCUGCUGUCACAGCGUCUUGUCUUCCUUUGAGUCUCCUCUGGUCGUAGUUCAAACUGUAACAAUUUAUCUUCUAGCUAUUUGUUACUUGUUUGUUCCUUGGGUUGUUCUUAUAGAUAUUAAUCACCCAAGUUUCCAUUAGCUCAGCACCUUUACUUCACGCCUUCAUCAUCUGUCUGCCAACCACCCCGAUCCUUUCCACUCAUCCAUCUCUGACCUCUUUCUUCUCCCUCCCUGACCUGGCACCCAUGUUUGAUCACCAUCAAGUACCGAGCCUCCAUUCUCUGCCAUGUCUGCUUCAUCUAGCUGCACAUGUCCAGACGAUGGUAUAACCAAUAGUCAAAUACGUUUUCUAAUUGGAGUUUUAGUGUUUGACAUAAAGCUCCAACUACACGCUCAAAACUGUUCUCAAAUAUCUUUUCCCGAUGUGUGUUGUGUGUAGUCUGCCAUUACCUUGUGUCUUUAUUUAAUAUCUUUGCAACUGAAGACAUCCCAGGCCACCUACAGUCCAGCCAGGCUCACCAGCUGUGGUUGUGUAACUGGCUGUAAUGUAGAGGACUUAUUGUUUGUCAUGAGUUUUAUUGCUUUAUUACUUUAUUGCUUUAUUGCUUUACUCCCCUGCAGACUGAUUCUCGAUAACUUUGAACAGCUUUUUUUAGUUCGUUCUUUGCACUGACUGGCACAGUUGACCUUGGCGGUUGCAGUCUGCUGACAGAAAUCGUCAAAGUUGCUCUCACCUCUCGUUUCCUGUUUGGGUGAAAAAUACCAACAAAGCCGUUUGACCGAAAUUUAGAUUUAUCCCCAUUUCCUCUGUGGUUCAAAGAGUCUCUCUCACUUGUAUUUAUUCUUUAAUGAUGAGUGAAAUGUUCUCAUGAAUGUCUGAAAAAGCAAAUGAGUGACCAAUGAUGAUGUUGUAACGUGUGAUUUACGUAUCUAAGGGAACACAGUUUUGGCUGUUAUGAUGCUUUGUGGCUGAGGGGUUGUCGACCCCGUCCAAACAGUCCCACAGCAGAACACUCUGAAUAUGUUUCCAUUUUCCACUUUUUUUUUAUGUUUAAAUUAUUAUUACUUUCUGAAGAAACUGUUAAUUAUACUUCGAUUGUUUAUACUUUGAUUGCUGUAUGUGUUUACUUCUGUUUUCUUUGUGUGAAAUCAUCGUUGAUUUGGGUGUGAAAAGGAAAAAUGGGAUUCAUGCAUGAGUGUAAGACAAUCGAAUAGCAGUUGUUUUGUUUUUUUCUACCUUUUUAUAAAAGGCACUAGGAACUAGCCAGGGAGGAACCUUUUCUGGAUUUGAUUUGUGUAAACCAGGACCCCAUUUGCCAUUUUAAACUCGUAAAUAUUAUUUUAAAAAAGCUGAUAGCAAACCAGAUAAGUCAGCUGAAGGCCUGCAGGUGAACUGAAGUUUUGAGGCACUUGUUUGACCAGACGGGGGCGCUGUAUCCUUUCCCAGAAAUGGGAAAUUGAGCUUUCCAUGCCAUCAUUUUAUCAUUGCAGCACAGGACCAAUGACUACAAUUAAAAGGUCCGGUGUGUAGGAUUUAGGCGGAAAUGGAUGAUAAUAUAUUAAGUAUAUUUUCUUUAAUGUAUAAUCACCUGAAAAUAAGAACUGGGUGUUGCUGUUACCUCAGAAUGAGCCGUUUAUAUGAGGAGCAGGUCCUGGGCCAUGGGGGCCAACAUGUUGAACCGUCAUGUUUCUACGGUAGCCCAGAAUGGACAAACCAAACACUGGCUCUUGAUAGGGUCAGUUGUACUUCGCAUCACCCACCUUAGUUAGCGGCCCUUCUGCCCUCCUUAACAUUAAACUGAUUUAUUCAGUGUUGUACUGGUUUUAAUCACUGGAUCUGAGGAAGAGACCUCUGUGGAUAUUUCAGCUCAUGCUAAAAACAUUCUGGAAAUUUGGGUCUUAAGUUAUUAGAGAAAAAAGUGAGCACACAUUAACAGGUGCUGGGUAAGCAGGCCAUCUGUGACGAGCCGAACAGCACUGGAAAACACAGAUUUUUAACAUGAAACUGCGUAAUGUAGUAUUUUAAUCACCUGGUCUGUUUGUUUUGGAGAGGAAGAUGCCUCUGUUGAUGUUUCAGCUCCCGGUAAAAUCCUCCUGAACAAUGACUACAGAAGUGAUUCCAACUGGAAAAUGUCACUAAAUCCUCCACACUGCUCCUUUAGACUACUGUAGAAAUAUAUUGGUGAAAAUGAAAUUUACAUGAUGUAUGUAAACCAAAUUUAAAACCGAUUUAAAUGUUUCAUUUCACCUGUUUAACCCUUUUUCUUCCAGCUUUUUUUUUUCAUUUAAGAGACAAAUUACCAUUUGCCAUGUCCUCUGCAUAUUUUCACAUUAUUUGACCAAUUAAAGGGAUUUAUAGCAGCCCCAAUACACUUCAGCUAUAAAUUCGUUCAGUCCUUGUUGAUUGAUGUGACCAAUCUUGUUAAAAAGCCUCGGUGGCAUCAAACUGUCCCCACCAGUUUUCCAAAGCUUAGACUGAGAUCAAUCAACAGACUCAGAGUUAGUGACCAUAAACACACUGUAAAAAAGAACAUGUCACUUCUGAGAUCUGAGUUGAGUUUGUAAUGUGGAGAUCGUUAAACACCAGACAGACCAUAGUGUGAUUCAGGAACCGUGGCUGAUUUGUGCGUCUCUGGUCUCGCUGUCCCUCAUGCCUCUGGUCAACAUUUUCUCACGCUGCUUUUUGCACUUUUUGUUUGUUUUCCCUGUCGUGGUCCUCAGGAACAUCGAGCAUUGUCGGAGAAGGAAACAAGUUUGUACACGUCUGCCUAUGUGUGUGUAUGUGUGUGUGUGUGAAAGUUUUUAUUGUUUUAUUUUGUUGUCUCAUCGCACAGGCAGCAGUUCUCGGCUUGUGCGGAGUGUGUAGGGGGAGGUCUGUGAGGUGUGCUGUGUGUGUGACACACUGAUGUCCUCUUGUCCACUGAAGGCUAGCUGUAUACAUCAUGCAUUUCAAGAAAAUGAGAUAAAAGCAGUGCUACAAAUGGAAAAUCAUUAUUAAUAAAAACUAUUUAAAUUGUUCA